UUUUUAACGUUGAACCUAAGCGCAACUUGGUUUCGGAGCACGUAGCGUCAUCUUAAGCUGAACUUUUUUUUUAUUAAAAGAAUGCGCGAACGCGGGUACGAGAGCGAAACAAUGCAACAUAAAGUAGAAGGAGUUCAGUAUAUAGUGCAUGCGACAUAGAAAUCUCAAAAAGAACUUGUUCGAACGAACGAGUAAUGUUUAAUUAGAUCCGUGUUCAUAAAAAGUAAUUUUGAAAAAGUGUAAAGAUAAGCAAAAAAAAUUUAUAUACAUAUGUAUAUUAAAAAAAAAAGUGUUCAUAAACAGUGCUAUAGUUAAAGUUUGCAAAAUAAAUGUACAUAAAUAGCAAUCUUUGAAAAAUGUAUGUGUAUAAAAAAAUAAACAAUUUAUAUAAUAGCUUGAAAAUAAUGCUUUUGUUAAGUGUCUUGCCUCGUGUCAAGUUUUCAUUUAUUCCUAAUUUUCGUAUGCUAAGUUGCUUGUGAAGUCUUCCUCAACGGCCAACUAAUCAGUCAAUUGCGACUAAAAAUAGCUUGAAAAGUUGUUUGCGAAUUAGAGAAGUAAAUGAAAACGGUGCUAAUUAUAUAUGCUCAAAUUGUGAAAAAUAUGGAAAAUUUAAUAAAUACAAAUAAAAGUAAUUAGUGAAAGGCCCAAAAAAAUACAUAAUGGUUGCCUAAAAUCAUAACCAACAAUAUUAAAACUUUACCAUAAAUAAUUAAAACGUCUACAGUAUUCCAUUCAUCAUCCAAGUACUUACAAAUUCAAAUAAAAACUCAACAUCCCAUUCAUCCCCAGCAAACUGUUCAGCAUUCUAUAAUACUCCAAUAACUCUAUUUUCAACCCAUCAUUAUUCCAUCAAAAACACUUCUAUCAGUUUGGAAGCAUUUUUAUGUGGAUUUACGAAAUGGAUAUCCAGCUAAAUAUUUUAUGAUAGCGAUUAACGGAUAUUUUUUGCGUUAUUUUACAGCGAUAAUGUCAAAUAAAUAUCAUUUUCGCUUAUCGAAAAUUUAAUAAAUUCUGUACGAAUGCUGAACUUGGUGCUUUGUAUGUAAAAUUGUUAACGAAUAAAAUAUGUAUUUCUAUGUACAUACAAAUUCAUACUACUGAAUAUAUGGAAGAAGAAGCAGAUAAAGCGAGGAAUAUCAGUAAUAAUAAACAAAAGCGAAAUUUUUAUAAUUGUUUUUCUUUUCUGCCGUGGAUAGGCAAAUUUACCACUUGAAAUUUUAAUCGAAGCAAAAGUGUUAGAGCAUCAAGACGAUACUAAAGGAAUAAAGAAAAUAAUACCCAAAACACAAACACAAAGGAAAAAAAAAAAUUUAUUCAUUGAGAAUUGUAGUAAAAAUUAUAAACCACAAAAUUUAUUGGAAAAUUAAUUAAACUGAAAUUAUAACAGAAUUUUAACAGAAUCACAAGCUUGAUUGCAUAAGCUGCAGCGAAAGUGCAAUCAACAAAUAACGGUAUGCGUUUAAUGCAGCUGACGUCAAAGGCUGAUAACAGAAGCAUUAGAUAAAUAAGACAGCGCAGAAGGUGAGAAGGCGAUUUAGACUUAAGUAAGCUUAAUUGAGGAGGAAACAACACACAGAAAAAAGCGGAGAAUCGUUCGCCUAAAGAUACUGAUUAACGAUAAAAAAUAUGGAGCAUUUGGAUUUGGCAGGUGUAAUUAAUACACCAACAUUAUGGAAUUUGUCGGCAUUCGAUCAACAAGAUGCCAUUUACCUGUCCAGUUCACGGCAAAUGCUUGAGCCAAUACUCGAAGAAACAUCGGAAGAUGAGGAGCACGCACAAAACAGCUGGAAUCAAUAUGAGCAGGGUCGAGAGCACUUCUGGAGCUCGGCGGAAUCGGAGACAGGCUCUGUCAUAAGGGUCGAAGUAAACAAAGAUCCUGAUUCGAUUUCGGAGCGCGAUUUCGCUUGUCCUGCCAAACGCGCACGUCGUUGCGACGAUUUUAUUAUAGGUGGUCAGCUUUCAGUGGCCGUGCAAUCAGCCGUAACAAAACAAUCCAAUCAAACAGUACAGCUUGCAUCCGGCAGUUAUGACGACACUGUUUUGCUACGACGAACGCAACGUCCCUUCGAUUAUAAUGAGGCGAAUAGUAAUAGCUUGGAACGAUUUUUGGCUUAUGAGGCAAGCACACGUGACAGCUGGGGUCAGCAGCAGACAACGCAAGCGGUAGCGCCGCAGCGUAAUAGCACCGGCAGUCGCCGCUUUGAUGAAUACUCCGAUUCAGAUUCGAUAUCUUAUCACUCGCUUAGUCGCUCCUCCUCACUUAUACAAUUCGAAUCCCUGGAGCGGCAGCUGCAGCUGCAAGAGCAGCAUGCGAGCAUGUCCAGUCUGGGCAACUCUUCGCCCUCGCUACUCAGUUUCGAUGGUACCCGCAGCACGGGCGCACUGAAUAGUGAAGAUGGUAUACGUAGUGGCGGUAAUAGCGGCAGUAACAGCGGAAAUAACAGCAGACGUGGCUCACAGAGUUCAUUGCUGAAACGUUUCGAGUCGUCUGACGGACGUCUGCACCAGACAUACUUCGAUUUGGAUAAACUGAAUUUCGAUGAUGACCAGCGUGUUCUUUUCGGUGCAAGUAAAGCGAAUUUAAUGGAGGCGACGGUAGGUGAGGUCAAAUCUGACUCGGAGUCAUCCACCAGCUCUGGCAGCUCAUCAGGAAAUAGUAUUUUAACGGCCUCGAAACCCUCGGCGGAAGAUUUGACAGACUCGAGCUGCGCAGCGGGUAUGCGUACCGGUCGCAUAAUGGCAUUCCAACGUGCCGGCAAGAAUUCGGCGGAAAACCUUUCCGAAGAUUCAGGCUAUUGUGAGCCAUCGACAUUGCGACGCGCCAAAUCGAAAAGUAUACCAAAGAAUUUCGAGAAAUUCUGCGAGGAGGAAGAGGAAUUCCAGCAGUAUGAGUACGCGUGUGAGGCUAGGCAUGCGGUUGGGGACAUUGACAGCAUUACAAAAACAACACAACCACAGCAACAUUCCAAAGGUCUACUCAACCACCAGCAUACGCACAUAAACAGUGAAGAAGAAGAAGAAGAUAUAUGCCAGCCAAAAAUAAAUGACGCCACAUUUGUCAUGACAACGGAUCACGUAAACGAAGAAAAGGAGGAGGGAACAUCAUGCAAUACGCCACUAACAGAAUCAAAAACAAGACCACAUACCCUGACGCAAGCGGUAAAUGGUGAAAAGGGCAGUCUUGCGAUGGGCGACGACAACGAAGAAGACGUUGAAAACGAUUUCGACGAGGAGCGCAAUAAUUUAGAUAGAGAGCAAGAAGCUAAUGGCUCGCGUUAUGCGUCCCAAUCGCUGGUAUCGACGUGUCCAACGUAUGAGCGUGCUAAAUAUAGCCCAACGCGAGAGGCGACCGCCUCAGCUUCAGCGCUUGAACAUGGUCGCUUGUUGGCCCACUCUCCUUCGCCGGUAGCGUCCGAUAUCUCGUCGACUUCGUCGUCGUCCGCUUCGUCAGCAUCGUCAGGCAGCAGUUGCGGUACAGCGCGAUCCUCCACCUCAGCAUCCACAUGCGCAUCGACCACUUCAUUCACAUGGCUACCAACACCGCGGCAAUUGCAACAGCAACAACAGCAACUACAAAUACAAUUAGAACAUAGUGGGCAAAAGCAAACAUCGUCAGGAAAACUAGAGCUAUUAGCCGCGACGCAAAAGCAACAGCAGCCACGUCGAACGACUCUCAACAAUUUUUCCGCGAGUCUACGAAACAGUUUGCCAGAUAUACGCGACGCGUUAAGUACUACAACCUGCAACACAAUCGAGCUACUCGAAACAUAUUUUCCCGUCGACUCGAUAGAAGAAGAGCGGAGGAACGGUAGUGACGUAAGCAACGUGAGCGACACAAACGGCCACGGACUGGAGCAUUUACAUAGGAGUGGACGAACGAAACCAUCACACAAACAUGAACUUAUAGACACCGAACGGUCAGCGGGUGGCGCCAUUAUAGCAACAUAUAAUCUAGACGACUCGGACCUUAGUACGACAUCGGCAUCGGCAACGACAUCGUCGGGCUCAGCAUCAUCGGCGCGUGAAAGUCAUAGUGACGAAACGACAGACAACGAAUCCACGCCAGAGGCUAGAAAAAGACAGCGUGUCUAUAAUAACGCUGGUGGUGGUCGAGGUGCGGUUACAACUGAAAACGCAGCUAUUAGUGGUUUUGUUAGUGGUUACGUCACUGUCGGACGACGCAUUUCUAGUGUACCAAGUGAACUGAACAAAUUGGGACGCAAAAAACGUGUAAGUACACGCCAUAGGCAGUGCAAAUCAUCUCCGGAAGAAGAGAAUACAAGUCCCAGCAAUUCCAGUGCAGACGAAGCAGAGAACGAAGACGACUUCUUUGACGUCACCACAUCAUUCAGAAUACGCCGUAGUUGCAGUUGGUCUGAGCGGCGCGAACGUAAUUUGAAACGCUUCGAAGCGGUGUUCGACAAUAAUACACAGCUGGGAGAGAAUCGCCGCAGAAAUUGGGCCACACAAUCCCUGGGUUAUAUGAACGCAAGCUAUCAGGAUCUAACGCAACUAGAUUAUUCGCUAGAGCAGGGAGAGCUGAGUAAACAGCGCAUACAAUCCAAUUUGAAACGUUGCAGCGCCUACAUCGACGGAAGUAGCGAAGGUGAGCGCGAGACGAGCUGCGACAAUAUGGACACGCCCAAGAGCACAGCUAGCGCCGACUAUGAUCAUAUAAUUUGCAAAGGUAACUUUUUACUGGAUGAACUAUCACAGAUAUACGAUCGCAAUGCUUCGAUUUUGAACGAUAAACCGAUGGAUGGCGAGGAGCAACUACUUGCCAUGACGACAGCCGAGAACCUGGUAGCAGAAGCAGUAGCACCCUUACCAAGCUGCAGUCCACGUCCACCUCCACGUCUGCGAAAACACUCCAACUCGAGUUACUCGGACUUGGAUAGUGCUGGCGACACCGAUGAGUCUUCGGCCGCCGCAGUUCAGCAUAUUCAGCUGACUAUAAGAAAACCACCUGCGCGACAAAAACACGCACGCAAAUCCGAAGCCACACAUAGUCUAAUUAGUGAUGCGCCACUCUUUGCCAAUCAAACGUCCACCACAAGCACUGCAACAGUCGCCUACGGCAAGACAUUCGACCAGGACCCAACCAAUUUGCGCACAAGCUAUACACAAAGCUUAGAGAAGUGCAACUUCGAUGCAAAAGAGCUGAGCAGCACAGAAUUGAAUAAAACGAACUCUAUACCCAAGCGACGUUUUCACUCGCAGGCGAAUGCUGCCAAGCAGCGGAAUAUGGUUUCAAGCACACCAAAUCUGAAUGCUUACGAUCCACACGCGGAUGAGGUGGCGGAUGAUAUGUAUGUCUCCAGUGCGCAUACCUCCAUGCAUCAGUUGCCGCAGGCUACGACGCAAAAACCACUGGGAAUACUUCUACCUACGGGUUCAAGGACUUCCUUCAGCAAAGAGGUCAGCUUCUGUCCGGUUGUCUCACAAUACUCCUGGCAAGAGCAAUCUUCUGAAGAAUAUGCCGAGCAACAUCAACACCACGAUGGUGAGCAAGCACUGGGUGCGGCUGAGAAGCAAGACGAUACCGAUGAUGAGCUGCUGGACAAUGCUGACGCAACGGUCAUACAAAAUACACGCGUUAAUGAAAUGAUAGCAGCACGCUAUGCGGCCGAGUUGAAGAGCGCGCUGGCUACAGGUAAUGCCACCAAGAGUGUUGCGCAAAUAAGAGCAGUGCCCAUAGAGAAGGUGAGAGCCAUGAUUAUUGUAAGAGAACGUCAGGCAGCUGAAGAGCAAGCAAGAGAACGUUUACGUUUGCAAGCGCAAGAGAGUGGCUGGCAAGAGCAAGCAGAAAAUCAGGUGAAGAGCGAAGACAUAGAAAAAACAUCGCACAAAGCCAACGCGGCCACUGACUACAGCAAUGAAACCAAGGGUGAAGCAUUAAAACUCGAUUCAAACGACGCAGCGACUGCUGAGUCUACUGAGACGUACGACAACAGUGAAACGGUGCGCGCUGGAGUGGCGACGCCAGCUAAUGUUAGUCAAGAAGCGACGAUCAUUGAUGCAACAACGAAUAUUAUUCAAACGGAACAAGCGACCUCGGCGACGGUAGAAUCAAAACAAAGCGAGUCAAUUUACGUUGGUAACGAACCGGAUGCGCAGUCUAAUCGGAAUAACAGUUUAAUAAGUGUUGCAAGUGUGGGUUCUUCGAAUAACAGUGCGCCUGGGCAAUCGCGUCCGCUCAGCAUACACCUGCCGAUACUGAGUGAGCCGCCAAUAAAUCGCGCGCAUCAUAUUUUAUACGCGUCUCAACAGAUGCUCGAUAAUUUCGAGCGACGUGAAAUCGAGCAUUUGUAUCAGCAACAGCAACAACAACAACAACAAAAUAACAGUGUUGAUGCCAAGAGUGUGAGUGUAGGGGGCGUGGGUGAUAGACGUACAAAGAGUGUGGGUAAUUUAUGUGGCACGGCUCAAGUUACACGUUACAGAAUGUCCAACGCCACAAUGGGUGCCCAAAGCGGCGGCGGCGUCAACGGCGCUGCAGCCAAUAAUAACAAUGAGUUGUUGAAUAAGAAAUUCAAGGAUGAAAAACAUCCGAGCUCGAAGGGCUUUCUAUCACGUUUCGCACAUGGCCUGCGCUUCUCUUUGAGACGAAAGAAUAAAAAACAACUACAACAACAGCAGCAACAACGCGAGGACCAGCAACAGCAACAGCAGGGAGGGGGUGAGCAGAAUGACCUUAUGUCAGUGGACAAGUCGACAAUGCGUAAGAGUUUCGGUAAGUCGGCAGCUUUGCCACAAAUAAAACUACAACAACAGCAGCAAAAGCAAGCGUCGUCAACGCGAAAUAAUCUAGCCAAAACUGUUAAAACCGCACACAGUGACGGUGUCGAUUAUAUUUAUAUACCGCUAAAAGGUCCCAUACCACCACCAGGUACACUACCACAAUCACAGCAACAACAACAAGCUGAAAAUGAGCCAACGCCAACAACAACAUCAGCGAAUAGCGGCACUUCGGCCACUCUGCCCGUCAACUUCAGCCCAGCCGAUGCAACGAAAAUUGGCGGCAAAGGUCAACAAAAGCCGGCAACCAACAAUAACAAUAAUAGCAACAACAACAUAAAAAGCUCCGCCACCACACCAGUCACUAUCAAUUCGAACAAAAGCGGCAACGACAAAAGUGCUAUGCGCGCCAUUACCGACCGUAAUGGCGAGCCGCUUGUUACCGGCAAACCGCCGAAGCCCUAUCGCUACGGCAGCAUGCCGGCCACCACGUCGAGCACAACUAUUAUAACAAAAUACUUUGGCAGCGGCCGACGACAGGGCGGUGCAGGCGGUGUGCCGGCACAUGCGCAAAAGAAGGAUGGUAUGCCAAAUGCAACCAACUUCAAGUCGCGUAGUCAAUUCUAUACCGAUUUUCUCGAUGCCGAACGUUCGUAUUAUAAUGACGAUGAAAUUGAAAAACAGUUAGAUGCGGGCUUGCAAGCGAACGGUAGCGCUGUUGUCGAAGCAGCAUGCGAAUUGGCUGUAAAUAACAUUGAUAACGGUUAUGACGAAGCUCACGGUGCUAAUGUAAAUCGCGAACAACAACAAACCACACAAGAAUUUAAUCAACUAGAUACGGUUGGCUUAAGUGAAAACGCAAUAACAACAACAACACCAACACGACCAUAUAACGUGCAAUACGAAACUCCAUCCGCUGCCCAGGAGUCGGCUCAAAUCGCCUAUUCCGUGCCGGGUGUUACACGCGAAACCGUUAUGUUAUUAACCGGCGGCAAUGGUGCAAACGGCGCUACCGGUUCCGGUUCCGGUGUAUCCGACGCGGCUUCUAACGGUCGAAUUGUCGCGCCCACGUAUACAACCAUGUCGAAUGCGUAUUUGCAACACACCAACAACAAUAGUAAGAUCGGUUUAAUUGAAACAAAUUUGGAUACACAUGAAACGGUUAUAUCGGGCAAGACGCGUUCGUUGGUGGAUAUUGUCGGUCCACAACAUCUCGGUGCGGCGAGACGUUUGAAUAUGAGCGCGAUUAGCGGUGCAAAUGCCGAUUUGGAUGUGGAUGAUGAUGACGAUGUGCGUGUUUAUGGUCGUGAUGUUGGUGGGCGUGGCGCCGGUGGUGGCGGUGGCGGUGUUGUCAUCAAAUCAACAACAGCAAAUGGCAGUCAAAUUGCAUCUGUGCGCCGGCCGCAUAAGAGUAUGGAAUUCCUGUUGGAUAAGGAGAAUCAGAAGAAUGUUUUGCCGCCCGAAAAUGAGCUUCAGAAAUCGCACGAUCACAAUCCGGCCGCCUUGAGUGAGCACCAGCUGCGCGUACAGGCCUCACUGCAACGCCUCAAUAUACCCGACUGGUUCCGACAAUACAAUCAGAAUACAUCACGUUCGCCAGAGGGGGGCAACAAUGCGACUGCUGUCUAUAAGCCGGGUAAUUUCACACGCAAACGCACCACAGAAUCCGGCCGUUGGGCAGGACUCAAUUCGAAAACUACAUCACUCAGUUCGCUGGGCUCACAGCGUUCCGAUCGCAGUCCAUUACUACUCAGCCCAUCAGCGCAUAGUCAUCACGGAGGACAAGGUGCACAACAGCAGCACGGUACUGCGGGUACAGUCGGCGCUUAUGGCGCUAGUGGUGGCGGUGGCGGAGCUGGCGCUUUCUCACGUUGGUCCACUUCGCAUUUGAAUUCAUCACAAACAUCACCGAGCGUUUCGCAGCGUGGCUCCUUCACGCGUGGCGGACCCAUCAACUCCAGUUUCAUAUCGGUGGCUAGCGGCCAAAGUAGUGUGAUAAGAAGUUCCUACCGGCAGCCAUAUUUGGGUUGGCGCAGUCAGGAGAAACUGUCACAGCGCACCCCACAUGAGCGCUUGGCAUCGUCAUUACUCGCGCAACAACAACGCACAUCGCCCACACAAAAGAACGCCGGUGUCGGUGUUACUACGAAUGGUAGCGCUGACAAGGGUGGUAGUAAAUUACAACCGGUCACACCGGAAAUACAAAGCUCUAUUAAGGAGGUCACCUCGGCCAUUGUACAUUAUGUAAAUGAUCAGACGCAACAACAACAACGCAGCAGAUCGGCGAGCCCCAAUUCGAGAAAAUGCUGGCUUGAAUCCUCAUUUGUUGGUAUACGCCCAUUGGACUCACCACAAACACCGGUCAUCGAGAAUACAACAACUGCAUUUAGUAGCGCUACGAAUACCAAUAACAACAAUACAGCAACUAAUAACAGUAUAAGCAGCAGUCAAUAUAAUAAUUACAAUUACAAUUACAAUUACAAUACCAGUAAUUCAUCAUCAAAUACAUUAACAGCAAUAACAACACCAAAUAGUAUUGGUGGCAUUGGCAUUGGUGGGGGCAUUACCACAGCGAUAACAACAAAUCCGCAUGUAUUACGCAUGAACGGUCUGAGUAUUGUUGGGGGUGCGCCAGAACGCUCGUUGAGCACCGCCUCGCUAGAAGAUGUCUUAGCUUCACUAUUAGGACUGCCAUCGUCUUCAGCGUCGUCCAGUGGUGGUGGCGGUGGAGUGCAGAGCGUGAACGUGGGCGCUGGUGCGGGUGCAGGUCUAGGCGCUAGCGUCGGCGUCAACGCGGGUCAAUCCUCCACAAGCGAUCCAUACGCUCGGUCCACGACGACAGGCGAUUCAGCUAGUCAGUCCCUGGUAACAUUCUGUCAUAUGCCGCAACAGCAACAGCAGCCAACGACAAAUCCCCUAUCCCAGACACAACUACAACAAUCCCAACAACAAUUACUAUUGGUGCAAUUGCAAGCCGAGCAGCAACGUCUGCGACGACGCAGUGAAGGUGAUGCACCGCAACAACAACAACAGCAACAACAAAAACAACCGCAGCAACUCAACCAACAAUAUGCCAAAACCAAUUCAUCAGCCAGCAACAGUGUCGGCCUACCGACGCACAGCAACAGCAACACUGGCCACUACCAAAACCAAGACUCCAGCAACAGCCAACCGUCAGUCCUCGCCGGCGGCGUCGGCAGUGGCAGCAUCGGAGUCGGUAGUGGCGGUGUCAUCAGCACCGGGAACGCCACAUUGUCGACGCGCCGUGUCUCGCUCGGCGACAGUUCCGAGUCCAAUAAUAAGACCGCAUCAGAUUUGCAGAUCAAGUGCCGCAACACCAAGUGCGAUCGUAGCGCCACACCCGCAGACGCCAAAAAGUAUUACAAGUCAUGCCACAAUUGUACCCAUUUAUAUUGUUCGCGUGAAUGUCGGCGCGCCCACUGGGAGAAACACCGCAAAGCGUGUUUACACUCACGCGCGUCGAAUUUGUGCCGCCAAGUGUUAGCCACAUGUAAGGAUGAUGUUGACUCGCAGCGUCAUUUAAGUUUACUGGCACGCAAGGGCUUCUUGUCGCAAGGACGGGGCGUUGUGCGGGUGCUCUUCCGUUCCGCUGAAGCGGCUGAGAGUUUCAUCAAGCACGGCUUUCAGUGUAUGGGCGAGGCGUCCUAUGUGCGUUGGCCCGAUCUGAUGCCCGCCGAAAUGGGUCUUGAACUGUACUCGGAAUUGCUUAAGCUCAGCACCGAAUACAAGCCAGACUCGAAGAUGCUCAUUUAUGUGGCCAUAUGUGUGGUCAGCGAAGCGCCGGGCAUGGGACAGGCGCCAGUACGCUGGGAACGCCAGCUGGUCUCGCGUUGUGCCAAAUUGAAACUCUGCAAGAGCAUCCUAGCUGAACUGGAGUUACAGCAACAUGCCCUACAGCAACAACAACUUCAACAGCAAACAUCUCUGACCGUGGUUACAGUGCCGGAGCCAACCACCGAGAUACUCAUAUUAACAUUCAAUCCCAACUUACGUUCGAAUAACGGUCAAGGUGAACUCAUACUCACAAACAUCUUGGACAUAUUGUCACGACGUGGCGUACUCUUACGAAAACAUUAUCCCGAAAUAUAUCAACGUUUGCAAACCUACACCGAUGGACAAACUGAUAAAUUCAAUCCGGUAACACUACAUCCGCGCGACUCACAGACGGGCAAAAGUUUCGUCUGCAUCAUUAUGCCCGUGCAUACGUCCGACAGUGAUGUCAUAAAGUUACCAUCGGCUUCGGAUGGCAAUAAUCGCGUCACGUCCAUUGAUGUGGGCUCUACAGCAGCGCUGGCACAACUAGAUGACGACGAGCUGCUAACACGUUCCACAAGUUGAUUUUUAAAAGGCAACGGUCGCGGCGGUACUAAGAAACGUUCAUCGUCGACAGGCUCUACCAGUUCGACAGCCUCCGAUCUGUUAUUAUUGACAGCAGCAGCAGCAGCAGCAGCAACAACUACAGAUGGUGCCGCUGGCGGAUUGACAUUAGAGAGCACACGCAUGUAGAGGAAAAGGUCAGCCUUCAGCUAAAGAGAGGGAGUGGGAGAGAGAGAGAGAUGAGGAAAAGAGCGUUCUGCUUGAAUAUUAGUUCUUAAGAAAAUUAUAAGGAAAAUACCUAUAAAUACAUACACACAUUUAGUCUUGUAAUCAAACUCUCUUAUAGCCUGAUAUAUGAACAAAAUAAGCUUCCCAUUUCGCUAUACUCCAAAAAUUGCAUACUGCACUCGCAUGAAAAUUCGUCAAGUACUCAUCAUCUUACAUACAUAUGUACGUAUGUAUUUAUAAUCGCUCUACAAACUCUUCCACAAUUCGCUCAUAUCAAUCAAACUUUCAUUUUACGACUAAUAAGUAAAUUACCAAAUUCUAAAUUUCUUUACAGCAAACAUAAUUAGAAAAAACACAUACCUACAUAUGUACAUAUAUACGAGUAAUACAUACAUAUUUCUUCUUCAUAUUCGUAUUUAGCUAGAUAAUGUUAAUUUCAUGUGCUUUCUUAGUGUUUAACAUAUAUAAGGAAAUCAUUGGUGAUUAUUAGAUAAUAAAAAAAAUCAAAAAAUGCAAUACUAAAUUCAUAUAAAUAUCGCUGGAUUAUAGGCGGAAAGGAGUCAAUCUUGGAACUUACAAUUAGUUACACUUUGGCCAUUGUUGAGACUCCCAUCGAAUUGUGGGAAAAAAUGUUCGAAACUCUACAUAGUCUCUCGUUAUCGUUAAUUAUUUCUAAUUCUGCUGACGCAUUAUUCUAGCUGAGAUAUUACAUACAUACAUACAUACAUACGUGCAUAUACAGGCAACACAAUGACAAAUUUUUAACAAUUAUAUAUGUAUAGUAUAAUUGCAAAUAAAAUUUCCAUACUAACGAACGUGUUUCGAAAAAGCUCUGGGAAAUUACUUUUAUUUUAAAAAGCUGAAAUAUAUCAAGUAAUUUUUUAACUAAACUCUUUUCAACGAGUAUCUUGGAGCUGGAGUCAGGGGUGAGUCACUGGUUUGCAAAGUGAAGUUUUAAUGAAAACGCAUUUGAGUGCAGCACCACUGCCAACCCCCUGGCGGUUAAAAUUAUUUUGAGUCUCAACUGAUAUGUUUUUCGAAAAUUUUUCAAACCGUGCGGAAUAAAUUCAUUAAGAGAAAAAAUAGUAAAAGUAUGUACGUCUCAUAAAGCGCAAAUGAUAUAUAAUAUAUACAUAUAUACAUAUAUAUGUAUAUGUCUCUAGAGAUGCAUCUAGAAAUGAAAUGUCCAAGUCUAAAGUGAAAGAUAAUAUAAAAUACGAUUUCGGUAUCGGGUAUUUUGAACGGUAAAUCAUACAAUAAACAUAUUUAAAGCAUCAAAAAAUACAUCCUAUAGCUUCCAUUGCAAAUGAAUAAAAUAGCAACAACAAAAUUAAUCACAGCAUAAGGAUUAUUAGGUUAGAUGUAAGAAAAAAGCAAGCAAAAUGUUGAAUCAAAAAUAUGAGUACUUGAAAGCAUUAGAAAUGAAGAUCGCAAACGCAUUGAAUUAAUUAAGCCAAAACUAAAAUUGGCUAGCAAGUUGUGUACAGAGCGUCACAUACAUACAUACAUACAUACAAACCAAUACUACAAAUACAAUAUAAAAAAGUGAAAUAAUUCAAUAAAGUCAUUAUAGCAAAUAAAAAAUUAAUGGCAAAAUCGUUGUGAGCAGAGAGAAGCUUAGCAAGUAAUUAAAAAAAAAAAAAAAAAAA